UUUGUGUAUGUUUGUGGAUCACCUGUUGAAUGAAAGCGAUGUCUGUCAUUUUAAAAAAUGUUAUGAAUAGCAUAUGGCAUGCGUUUAACGCGCUAACGUCAGAUAAAAGCGGUGUUGUGGUGAAAUCGAGAUUAAAAGUCCUUACAGCUAAUAUUGGCACUUUAUUGGAUCUUUACGGCGUUGAGAAGGGAUUAGAACACUAUCGCAGCACAAAAUGUCUGAAUUUUGGACACUAUAGUUAUUAUUUACAACGAGAGGUAUUUUCUUCUUUGCCUGACAACAUAUCAAUAGCUGCAUUACGAGACUAUGAAGAAAAAAUUGAUGAAGUAUGUUGGCUUGUAUGCAAGAAACAUUACCUUUCAAGGGAACAUCCUGUAUUUUCCGAUGUAUGUGUCUACAAGCUAUUCAGGAUAUUUUGUCUACUUGCAGACCUGAUUCCACAGACUGAGGAAAUUUACCAGGUUCUCCUACAUACGUCAGAAUGUGCCAGUGUUGCAUCACAGUUUGUUACUUCUUUGGGCUUACAGUGGGAUGCUUCUGAUUUUGAGUCCCUGGCUGCUGUGAUUGGUUCGUUUAGGUUCCCAACAUUCCUUGCUAUUAUGGAAACAAAGUACAGUGGUGCUGGAAAAACAGAUCAAGCAGGAGUGGAAGAAGCAGUGCAUGAAAUGUACCAAACAUUCCUCUAUGAUGUUCUGAAAAAGGGGAUGUUGUAUAAACGUGGGUAUCUUCUUCCAACAUUGAAGGAAUAUUGGUUCGUAUUGCAUCCAACAGAGUUGAGCUACUUCAAAAGUCAGACUGAGAGAGAACAAUGUGGGUCAAUUCCACUGGAUCCCCAAUGCAGAGUAGAUGUGAGUCCACCAACAAAUAGCAAUUCAACCCGGGACAGGACUCGUUUUGUGCUCAAUACCAAUGACAGAACGUUCGAGUUCGCCACUAUGGAUCACAGAACCCGUUUGCAAUGGAUAUCUUCCUUGCAGACAGCAAUAUCAUAUUCUGGAUUGCGUGAAGGUUACCAGAGGUCACAAGCAAAUCGUAGAAGGCGGUUAAGAGAUGCAGAGAUCCUAAAAAUAAGUGAGGAGAACAGACGUCGAACGAGUCAGAUAAUUGAUAUGGAACAGACGAGAGCAGAGUUACAAGCAGAGAAAAUGGCCCGCUUAGCUGCAGAAACGCAAGCAAAAGAACUUGAAGAAAUCCACAAAGAGGAGGAAAGAAGGCUUCAGGACUUGGAAGAUGUUCGUCGCAGACUUGAAAAAUUACUAGAGGAAGAAACUCAGGCGAAGCGAGAUGAAGAAAUUGUGAGGAAUCUCCAAGCGAGAGUUCUUCGUGAAGAAUGGGAGAAGAGAGAGGAAUUGGAGCAACUCCAAGAAGAACAGAGAUUACUUCUAGAACAAGAGAGAGAGAAGAGAAUUGAAUUUGAGAAAAAACAGAGAGACAAGGAAUUGCAACUGCAAGAGGCUAUUGAUCGUUUGAGGCAGCUAGAAGAAGAAAGAUUGCAGCUUGAUCAGGAACUUAAUAUUGCAAGAGAUAAGAUACUUCUGUCAGAAAAGUCAAAAGAAGUUCUUGAGGCGAAAUUGAGGGUGAUAUCUCCACAAAUUCGAGAGCCAGAUAGAAUAAGACGUGCCCUUUCAUUUAUGCCCUCGACUAAGGAAAGACCUACUCACAUACAAGUUAGAGGGGCUAAGAGCUUCCGUUCUAAAGGCCAACAGAAUGCAGAAUCCUGACCAGGCUUGGAUUGGCAGUAAUAUGUAUACUUUUGUCAGCGGGUCACAAAGUUAAACCUAACGAGUAGAAUAUAUUAGAGGAUAAGAAUGAGUAUAAUCUAUGCCUCAUACCUCCCACUCUUCAGCCAUAGUCCUGUCCCCCCUCACACUACCUCUUCCCUCCUACCUCGCACCUCCCCUCUCCCCUCCUCCCCCUAACCCCCACCUUCUCCAGACAGAAAAUUGGAAAGACAGCUUGCUGGAGUCGUAUUUCAGUGCGUGUUAUGCUUCAUUUGUGUUACGCAAGAUUUUAGGUGUGAAAUUUUGGAGUUAUUGUAAUGAUUGCAUAUAGAAUGUGCAAAUUUAUUAACUCAUUGUCAUGAAACUUGCCACCUCAUAUUUCACAAAAGUAGUAUCGUAAAACUCUCAGGUCAAUCUGUGACUUUUGUUGGCGAAGAAUGGGAUUGAGGGGUACAUCU